CCGCUCGCCUGGGCUUCCGUGCGGUACUCCGCUGGCCGGGUGCUGCUCCGUGCGCACGCGUACUCCGUCCUCCUCCUCAAGCUCGCGGCGUCGGGGCCGCCCAAGCCCACAGCGCCCCCUCUCGGCCCCAGGCGUCCCAGCCGUCUACCCUCAGUACCAGGUAUCACUUAGAACAGAGAGGCCCAACCUCUGGUGCACCAAUGAGCCAAGUGGAAUUUGAAAUGGCCUGCGCUUCCCUCAAACAGCUGAAGGGGCCCGUGAGUGAUCAGGAGAAACUGCUGGUGUACAGCUUCUACAAGCAGGCCACCCAGGGCGACUGUAACAUCCCUGUCCCUCCAGCCACAGAUGUGAGAGCAAAGGCCAAAUGGGAGGCCUGGAAUGUGAACAAAGGGAUGUCCAAGAUGGAUGCCAUGAGGAUCUACAUUUCCAAAGUGGAAGAGCUGAAGAAAAAGGAGCCUUGCUAAGGACAUUUUGGCAGCUACAAGAAAUAACAUGGCUCCACUGGUAGGGAAUGGGCUUUAGAGUUCCUAAUGGCUGAAACAUACUGAAAGGGUAGCAGGGUUAGCGGAGACAUCAAAUAAAUCACUUGAACCGCA